GGAGAGACGAAGCGCGGGGACCUCUUCUCCAGGCGCGCGACCCUGAAAGUGAAAGACACGGGAAACUUAUAGCGAAAGCUGUGAAGCGAAAACGUUCUGAUGUUCUUCUGAUCAUCCCUUUCCUCAAUCGAAUUAUCGUCCUUCGGCAAUCGUAACAUCAUGGACAGCGAAAGGAGGUCCAGGGACGAGAAGAAAAGCCGGGAUGAGAGGAAGAGGAAGAGGCAUAGGACGGAGGAGGGCGAGGAAAAUGAAAGCGUAAAGAGCGACAAGAAAGAGAAGGGAAAGGAUAGGAAGUCCCACAAACGCCGUUCCGAUAAAGAAAAGAAGUCCAGGGACAACGAGGGUAAACAUAAGAGAAAAGAUCGACACACGAAACAUGAUUUCCCGGAGCUGUCGAGUGAUGACUAUUUCUUGAAGAAUAAUGAGUUCGCCACCUGGCUAAAGGAAGAGAGAGAUAUUUUCUUCAGUGAUCUCUCUGCGGAGUCAGCUCGUGAACUUUUUUCAGAGUUUAUUAAGGAGUGGAACAGGGGGAAGCUUGAAUCUCGAUACUACGAGGGAAUUGCAAGCGGACAACGAACAGCCCAUAAUUGGAAGAUCAAAGUGUAGUUGGAAAAAUUACAGGACUGGGGAUUGACCUUUUUAGAUGCACUUACCCCGUUAUUUUCUCGCACUCUUUGUGGAAUAUGGUACAGGUAACUUGGAAGGUUCGUGUAUGAUAAACAGAGAGGACGAUUCUCACUGUGUAUUAAUUUGCUUGCUAGGUAUAGAACAUUUCCUAGAGAGUGACUGAAGAAGGGCACGGGAUGAAUUUACAGUGGAGACAUUGUUAUUUGCAUAUUAGCUAUAAUCUGUGAAUCAUAUUGGAUUUCACGGAGUCUGAUCGAAUCA